UACCAUGACACACAGGGUGAGAGAAACACUUCCUAUCAGAAGCGCUGGUUCAUGUUGAAGGCAAACCUGCUCUUCUACAAGGACCGGCCCAACCACCACGACCUGCUUGGCGUCAUUGUUUUGGAGGGCUGCUCGGUGCAGCUGUGCGAGUCCGAGGAGCAGUUUGCCUUUUCGCUGGUGUGGAGCGGUGAACCGGGCCUGCGCACCUACAAGCUCGCCGCUGAGGACCAGCCCAGCCAGGAGAGCUGGAUCAGGGCCCUGCUGUCAGCCAACCACGGCUACCUGGCCGCGCUGGUCAUGGAUCUGGAGAAACAGUACAAAGGUGAAUGGGUGCAGGGUUUUGUUCCAUCCCAGCACUAGACAAGCUAGAUAAUUGGGAGUAGAUGCAUCAACAGGGUGUUUGCCUGGUCAUGAGAGUAGCUGGAGACAAGUGGUCAAGCUUGGUUGUUGAGAGCUAGUAGGUGUGCAGGGUUUUGUUCAAGCCCAGAAUUAAAUAACCGGAUUCAACUAAUCAUCAAGUCCUCAAUUUAGUUGAAACAAGUGUUUUUUAGUGCUUGGCUGGAAUAAAACCCUGCACGUCCUAAAUAUCUCCAUGAUCAGGAUUGGUGACCGCAUUGAAAUGUACUUAUGGGUUAGUGGUUCCCGCUACUUAUACACAUGAUGGUUUUACAUACGCAAAGCACCUUCAAUGUUCAUCUGUGUUCAUAGAAAUGGUGUUUAGUGAAAAGGCCUUGCAUGUCCUAGCACCUUUUUUCUUAGUCGCUUCUUCCUCCUUCCACAGAGGCCAUGAAAGUAUUUCCUGGUGACCCAUCCCAGCAGUCUACACUGGCUGGCCCAAACACAGAGAGGCCAACUCCGUCACUGAUUUGGCUGAACUCUGGGACCGCGACCCUUUCACAGUACCCAGGGCCAGGUGUGGAAGCCGGGCAUAGCUUUCGCACAUAUCAAAUGCUACAAGCCCCUCCCAUUUCCUCUAAACCAACCAAUAAGAGGUCUCCGAAACUCUGGCCCAAGAGAAAUGCAAAUGUUGUGCCUAUUAAUGUCCCAGCCCCGCCCCAAGGGGAGUGGUCAGUGACUGGGUCGGGACCCAAGGUGGAAUUUAGCAAACUGCAUGAGGACUUUGGCAAGGAGGUGAAGGAGCUGAUUGCUGAUUGGUUGAGAAGGGGACAGGAAGAUGUCAUUCAGGAAGAGGACUUAAUUGAUUUUGGUUGAUUCAGCAUGGGAUGUCACUAUAAGCAUGUAAACAGUCCAUACCAAAGGAGUCCGUACCAAAUGCAAUAAUGGAUGCCUACAUGAAUGAAUAUUUGUGAAUGUAAGAAAAUAUGAUUAUUUUAAAAUAAACGUUUUUUUAGAUAGUGUUCCUCCUCUUCCCCAAUCAUUUGAAUUAAUAUAUAUGAUUUAAAUGGCAAUCAGCUAUGUUGUCAUUUAUCAACAGUUGUUUUCCCCACUAGAGCCAAUAAGCUACAAGAUAAUUACAUGUAAUACCAUAAUGAUACAGCUAUUACAUUCAAUAAAUAAUACAUGC